CCUCACUACACACAAUAGUAAUAUUUGCCCAUCAUAAAAUCCCUGAGUAGUUGAUAUCUCUAGACCGAUUCAGCGAGUUGGCACGCGAGUAGUGGCCGCUCAUCUUCGGCGUUAAACCCCCCUUCUUUUACCCUUCAUCUUGGAUUUUUUUAUAAUCUCCAUUGGAGUUCUGUUUGGAUCGAUACAUGCAGGAUAUCAUUUAAGGUUUUUGCCGUUGUGUGGUUUGGUGUCUGUUGAGAUGGCGUUGUGGCCGCAUGGCUCGCUUGUAUCGUUGCUGUUGUUCCUUCAUUGCUUGUCCUGUCAACCCCUAAGAGGUUCAUCCACGUGGGGUCAGGAAGUGGAUCGCUCAGGAGACCUACAAGGAAGUAAACGAUCCAAUGAAAGGGAAGAGUUUCCAGAAAUAGAUCUGAUUGUCAAACGAGUGGAGCAGACAAGACGGUCAAAUGGAGGAUCAACACCAACUUCAACAAAAGGGGAGGUAGUCGUUGACAAGACAGAGACCCGAGUCAAAACCGACCACCAGAUUGUUGAACCCAACGGCGAAACCACACACCUUGAGCACGAGAACGUUGACACGGUGGAGAAAACCAAACCAGCUUCUGACCCAGUGGAGUCGUCGCGGGAGGAGGUGGUACCCGUUGGUGGCGCUGCACCUGCGGCGGAUCCGGUGGAGGUGGCAGAGGACCCGGCACCCCAGGGGGAAGUUGAUGCAGCGGUGCGGAACGACAACGAUGACCUCCUGCAAGCCGAUGCUGGCCCUGGCGAGGUGGACAAGCAGCAAGGCUCACCCUUCGCACACGAUGGAGAAAUUUUACUGGAGGACUGGCAAUUUAUAUUGAUAGUCUGCGGUUGUGUAGCUGUCGGUGUUCUGGGCAUUGCGGUGGCGUUUCUAUGCUGGUACAAAAUCCAAACAACUGCCAAAGCCCAGAGUGAAGCUGAAUAUCCAGCCUAUGGACUGACGGGGCCCAGUGCACAUACUCCUUCAAACAUGUCCAGUGGUGAUCGGAAGCUGGCCCAGAGUGCACAGAUGUAUCAUUACCAACACCACAAACAGCAGAUGAUUGCCAUGGAAAAGAGGGAAAAGGGAGAGAUGCAACAUGAUGCAUCAGACUACGACUCAGAGGAAGAGAAUGAAGAUGGUGACCUCACGGUGUAUGAAUGUCCAGGACUUGCUCCGACGGGAGAGAUGCAAGUGAAAAACCCCCUCUUCACCGAAGACAGGAAUUCUGAGGCCGUCCCGGAACCCGAGGAGAAACAAUAAUGCUUGACGUUGACGUCACUCCAGAGCGAUCAUUCACUGCCAAUGAUAAAACACAAACACAGAGAGACCAUCUGAUUAAUAAUAUAGACAAACCCACGUUGUUGAAAACACGUCACAUUAGGGCAGAUAGUAGGGGAUGAAAAAGUCAGUCAAAGGCAGUCUGGUGUCUGACCAGUCGAGCACUGAGUCCCCUUUUCUAGCCGGUGAAAAAGCAAACAACUUAGAGUGGUCAAAUGUGGUACUUUGUUAAAUGAACAAAAAUUGUUUGAGCAAAAGGAAAACAUUUGUCAACUAGUCCAGUUUGGACUCUUUUUCUCAUCUCAGGCAAAGUUUGGAGAUUUUUUUGAGAUUUAAGAAGAUUGAUGUCCUUUUUUAGAAAACAAAAAUGGAUUCAGUGGUUGUUUGGUCAAACUUGCGACUGCCUUAUAUCUCAGGUUAAAUGAAUUUGUUUAAACCUAUGUGACGAAGAGAGGUCAGCCUGCGGCCAUUUUUGUACGCUUUACCGUUGGAUAGUCUGGUGCCGGAGAUGUAUGGACAGAAUAGUCUGGUGCCGGACAGAAUAGUCUGGUGCCGGAGAUGUAUGGACAGAAUAGUCUGGUGCCGGACAGAAUGGUCUAGUGCUGUGGAGUGUAUGGACAGAAGAGUCUGGUGCCGGAGAAGUUUGGAUGUAAAUCAGAGUUUCUUUACCAUGGAGGUUCUUGGCAACCCUACAAUGAUGGCCGCAGUAAGAUGGAGAGAGUCCAUUGCUGUCCAAGAAAAAAGACAAGUCACCAGGGACACUUUAGCAGAAUUUAUCAAAAGUCGCCCCUCACUUCACCUUUUUGCAAAAUUCAUUAAAUAAAUCUCUCCACAGAUGGUCAUUAAUCACUCCACUUUUCAGGGUUUUUGUUUUCAAAACAUGAAUCAAUAGAGUGAGCUUUCCUUUAAAGCUUUGAGAAAAAA